CUCCGACUUAUUUCCCCUUCCAAGAGCAGUUGCUCUGAAGAUUCAAGAUGCCCAAAUAUAAGCGACUACUGCGAUGUCUACCUGACGCACGACUCGAUGAGCGUGCGCAAGGCGCACAACUCCGGUCGUAACCACCUCCGAAACGUCGUGGAAUACUACCAACAAAUCGGACAAGAAAAGGCCCAGUCGGUCAUCGACUCCAUCACUUCGUCCUAUGCCGCUGAAGGCCAGGCCGUCCCUAACCCGGCAAUGGUUCCCCCCGGCGCGUUUCCUCCUCCGCCUUUCGGCUUCCCUGGUCAACUUCCCCCUCCUCCUUUCGGAAUGCCUCUUCCCGGCGCAGCACCCGGCGCUCCAGGAAUGCCUCCUCCCCCCGGAGCCCGAGGCCUCCCCUUCCCCCCUCCCUUCCCCGGCGCCGCCGGUGCUGGAGGUCUCCCCCCUCUCCCCAACAUGCCCCAAGGCUUCCCUCCUCCGCCCGGCGGCUUCCCCGCAAACUUCCCUACCCCCCUCCCGGAUUCCCCCAGAUCCCUCCCCCGGGCCAGAUGCCAUCGGGAUACAGCCCCAGUCCGACGCCCGGUAUCGGUGGCCCGCCGGGUUCAGACGGCUAUGCCCCUCCUCCUGGUAUGAGCUCGAGUCUGCCUGGCCCGCCGCCGGGAUUGGGUGAUAGGCGGUGAUUAGGCAUGCUUUUUUUGAGGAUUAUGUUCUUUUUUUUUUUUUUUCUUAUGUGUCAUAUGGAUCGGGGUUCUAU